UCGCGCGAUUCCCGCGCGAGCGGGAAUUCGAUCGAACGUCAAGGAGAAGGCGCGAUCACCGAGGAUCGGCAAGUCCGAGGACUCGAGUGUCAGUGAGGAUCGAAGGAGGUGACUUUCGAGGAUCGGAUUCUCAUUCGGUGACAGUUCGAGUGACAGGUGGGGAGUGCUCUCUCGGCCUCGCUCGCAUUUAAACGCUUCGCGUGGUGACCGCGCACCGCGCGGUAUCGAGAGAUCGCCGGCAUCCUUCCCACGAUUUCGCGCGCCAAGGGAAUAAUCGUCGCUCCGCUUCCCGGAGGAUGGAAGGAAGGAUUUCGCCCGUUGCCGAAGAAACAUGUCCCGCGGCGGUCGUCGCAACGCGCGAACCGGUUGCGCGCUCUUAAAAUAGUUUCUCACGCGCGUAGGUAACUGGCGUGCACAACCGCCCUCCCGUCGCUCCAACACCAGAGAAAACGUCACCGUAGCAGUGUCAGGAUGACAAGCUGGAGCGUGUUGUUCGUCGCAGCCGCCGUCGGGAUUCUGCUGUUGACAACCGCGACGAAACGCUCGGAAGCGUGCAACGAGGCGAUCUGCGCCAGCGUCGUGAGCAAGUGCAUGCUCACGCAGAGCUGUAAGUGCGACCUGGUCACCUGCACCUGUUGCAAGGAAUGUUUCUCGUGCUUGAGCUACCUGUAUGACGAGUGCUGCUCGUGCGUAGAUUUAUGCCCGAAGCCGAACGUCACUGACAACCCGUUGAGUAGGAAAUCCCACGUGGAGGAAUUCAGCGAUCCGAUACCGGCGCUCUUCCAAGCGCUCACGGCCGAGGCGGAUCCGCACGAACGAUGGCUUACCUUCACGUACCCGGUAGAUUUUGACAUGUCGCUGCUCGCGCCGAAACAUGAGAACGAAAUGAAGUAUCAGUUGCAAUCCGCGGACGGAAAGCUAAGUCCGCUGAAGCCAAACAUAAUGACAGUGAAUUGCACCGUCGCGUUCAUGGCACAGUGUGUCUCCUGGAAGAAAUGUCAGGCUUCCUGUCAGAGCAUGGGCUCCACGAGCUACAGGUGGUUCCACGACGGUUGCUGCGAAUGCGUAGGCAACACGUGCAUAAACUACGGGAUCAAGGAGUCGAGAUGCACGCAAUGUCCGCUGGAGAAGGAGGGUGAGACGGACGAGUACAACGAUUACGGUCAGGACGAGGAGGGGCUGGGCGAGGACGAAAUGGAUUAGCUAUUAUAUUAUAUAUUUUUAUUACUUUACGUGGAAGAAAAGAAGUGCGAAUGAUAUGCCGCGACGAUGGUGUUUGUUACAUGGCAGAGUUGACUUUCAUAAGGAAUCUGUUACUGUGUAAAAAUACAACACAUUUUACUCUGA